CACACAUAUGGAUAAACCCUGGAAACUUCAAUUGGACGGUUGAGAUUUUUUUUUUUUCAGACUUCAAAUUAAAUAUGGAUGAUCAAACAACGUGCGGUGGGUCUAGCGGUGCUCGGAUUAUAAGUAAGGCGGCGGCUUGUCCUCGAGGCCACUGGCGGCCGGCCGAGGAUGAGAAACUCCGGCAACUUGUCGAGCAAUUUGGCCCUCAAAACUGGAAUUCUAUAGCUGAAAAUCUUCAAGGAAGAUCAGGUAAGAGUUGCAGAUUGAGAUGGUUCAAUCAACUUGACCCAAGAAUAAACCGAAAGCCAUUCUCAGAAGUUGAAGAGGAAAAGCUUCUUGCAGCUCACAGCUUACAUGGAAACAAAUGGGCUCUCAUUUCAAGGCUUUUCCCAGGUAGAACUGACAAUGCUGUCAAAAACCAUUGGCAUGUAAUAAUGGCUAGAAAACAAAGGGAAAAAAAAUCCAAGCUCAUUUGUGGCAAAAGGAAUACCAUUAAUAGUGAUCAUUACUCUAAUAAUUCUCCCACUAAUUACGUUUUCCGACGAAAACACUCGAGGCUCGUCAACAACGAAGACUUCCAUGGCUCAAAGAUCAAUUUCAGGAACGACGGUUUUCCCGAUUUAGAAAGUCAAAGCAAGGAUAGAAUGUGGCCGUGCGAUUUUUCGGCUAAUUAUAAUUACUCUAACGAUUUAUUACACGGAUCGAGAAAAAACGGGCCACAAGUACAAGUAUUUAGUGGCUACAAGUAUUUGGAUGCAUUUAGUUAUAUGGAAUGUGGGAUGAUGAAGGGAGAAUCGAGAGGCUCGGAACAAAAUUCGUUCAAUUUCGGGAAAGAAGGGCGAGGAGAGGAAUCGGUUCGAACGAAAAAUGUUCCCUUUAUAGACUUUCUUGGUGUGGGAACAUCUUCUUGAUCGAUAAAUUAGUGUAUGUGGGAGUUGUUUUUUUACAGUUAUUCGAUCUUCGAUUUUUGUCUAGGGUUUGUUAAUUUGUAAGAAAUUAUGGUGGUGAUGAUAAUAUAUAGAUGGG